AUGGUUCACCGCCGACGUGAUGCCGGUACAGACUCAGAGCGUGAAGCGUGCAACCUUGAUGCUGAAGAUCAAGACAUGCACGACCUGGGGGUCAAAAAUAUGGAAGACGGCCCCUCUAACAGUAACGCGAGAAGUGACGAGAAUAGUAUUGGACUCCACCGCGGAAGUUUGAGCAUAUACCCAAGUUUCUCCUCUGUGCGACUCAACAUUCUCCUGUGUCUGACCCAACGUUGUCCUGGUAGCUUCUGGGAAACCAUGAUUCGCCUCCGUCACGCAAGGAAGGCCGCGAUACGCCGGGUGACACCGGACGCUCGGCGAGAACAAAGAGGCCUGUGCCCCUGGCUUCGCCCUGGUGCGAUGAAUAUAAAGGCGCUCGAGAACCACCGUACAGUUGCCCCGUCGAGUCGGUCCAUCGAGCACAUACCUGGGCUGUCUAAAUUGGAGGACCGGACAUGUAGGAGGGAAAUGUCCUUUAUCCUGUCCGAAACGUGA